UAGGAAAGCGUAAGUCGCGUAACUAGCGCUUGAAACAAUGUUGCACUAGGUUUUCAUUUGUAUCUAUUUAAACAUUAUAAAAUAUUCUCAUAAGUUAGAUUUAUUGCAAAGUCAUGGAAUUUAAUCUCCGUUGUAUUGCUCAAAUGUGAAGGAGAGCAUGUUUCAUCCCCGUUGUGGACACUGUGUGCUCUUGUCCAAUGGCAACAAAACAGCUUGCAGGACAAACCCUCAUCACGAGUUUGACAGGGGUCUUGUCUUUAGUUUAGAGCCUAUCAAGGACAAUGAAGUUUUUGAAAUUCAAAUUGAUAGGAAGUUGAACACAUGGAGUGGCAGUGUGGAGAUUGGUGUGACUGUCUGCAACCCAGACGUCAUUGACAUUCCGCUCACAGCUACUGACCUUCGUGGAGGAACCUGGGUGCUUCUGGGCCAUGGUGUGCUCAGAGAUGGUAAAUCAGUCAUGGAGGCAUAUGGCUGUGAUUUGGAUCAGCUGGUGGAGGGAGAUCGCAUUGGAGUCAUGAGGAGUGGACAUGGUGAAUUAGAAUUUUAUGUUAAUGGUGAGAGCCAAGGCAUAGCAGCCAUGAACCUCCCACCACUCCUGUACGCCGUUGUGGACAUGUACGGCAAGUGUGCCCAGGUUACACUUACGUCGCCUCUACGCUCCCCUGACUCGAAUACCCUUGAAGUGGAUUCACCAAGUGCCAUAUCUGGUUCGUGCUCUGGCUCUGAGAGUCACAUCGCGCCUUGUGUUGCAACAGCUAAUCAAAAUCCUCCAUGUGAUCCCAUUGAUCUUCCAUCCAGCCUUAAUGAAGAUGCUCAAGACCUUCUUCCGCCUCUGGAAUUGGAUCCUGAUCCAUUGCCAAUAUUGCCCAAUUCAUCCUACUUGCCAGUUGAAAUAGGAUCGGAAAACAACAUCCGUAACACAAUUGAGCGCCGAAAUCAGCUUUUGCAGUUGCAAGGGAGUGAGUCAGACAACCGAAACUUUAUGGCUGAGCCUGUUGAACCCUAUUUUGAUAUCGGGUACGAGGUGGAGGAAGCAGAUGUUUGUGUAGAUUCUGGCUCUCCCAUGACUGAAGAAAGAGACCAUUUGAUGCCAUUGGCUGCUUGUGUUGCAUCUAAUGAUGAAGAUUCCACUGAUAGUGCAGAAGAUGAAGAAACUGAUGCGGGCGAUAAGGGAAACGAGAAGAAUCAAAGCAGUCUCAGUGCCGGUGCUGCAAGGACCACACCAAUCAGAGAUAGCAACAUAAUCCUGUCCAACACUGAACAGCUCUGCCGCCUGCUAAAUGUUCCUAUUGCAAGCAUCAUGGGCAGUGCAAGCUGUUCGAGCCUACAACACGUGGCUACUGCUUGUGGAUCAUCGAGUAACAGAGAUGCAUCAUGUCUCCCUGAUAUUUCUGGUAACCCUGAUGCGUUAUCAAACGGAAAUGUAUCUCAUAAUCAGGAUACUCAGGGUGCCUGCAACACUUCAACUAUCCAGAAUACAUUGGUUUACCAGGAUACAUCAAGUAACCGGCAUAGGCCGAGUAACCAGGAUACGUCAAUUGACCAGGAUAUAUCAGGAAACCAGGACACUUAUGUUAACUGUGAACUCGAUUCUCUUUGGAGCCCUUCAAUUAUGCGUGAUGUGUCGGCCACACGAGGCGCAAGUCUUGGCAACGAUUCUGACCGUCUGGCAGCUGUUGAACUUGAGGCUAGUGUUCAUCAGACAUCAAAUGCAAGUGCAGGUUCAUCCUCACCUCGUACCAACGUAGCAACUUUUAUACAACCUGCCACUGCUACUCAGGGUGAUGAGGGCAUUUGUCCUUACUCGGAUGAUCACAACGCUACUCAAGAGAUAAGAAGGUUCAACAGCAACUACAGUUUCAACAGUGCAUUUGUUAAUAACACCAUCAACACCAUUCGACAAUCAGAAGACACUACUCACCGCCUCACAAAUGAUACUUCCACUACCAUUCGUCGCUUUGAUAAUGCUCAAAAUUCAGAUUCCCGGAGUGAUAACUCACAAGCUACGUUACAGAACGGGUAUCACGAGAAUCGUUGCUGUGAAGACACGAAUGUGAGCGGAGAUUUUGCGGCGCGAAUGAGCGCUCGUCAACACAACGUCCCCGAAACGAACGCCUCAUUGAGCGUCACGUGUCCAAUUCAAGGAGCGAUAGAUGCAGGAGACAGAGGUCGGUCCCAGGAUGCGGGACGACGAGCUCAGAGUCCCAGGACUGGACGAAGUGGAUGCUUGGGAGCCUCACGCCGGAGCGCCAGUGGAGGCCGGCGGGCUUCUGCUUCAAAUAACUCCAGUCCUUAUCGAUACGGACGGAGGCCUCGACUGUCACCCACGGCUGGAGAUGGCAGCGCUGCCUCAAACAGAUCUUGUUCUAUGAACUGCCAAAGAAAUGAAAACCACGCGGAGCUAAACACCGACUUUUCAUCGCCAAAUGCCUGCAAUAACCAAAGCUUCGACGCCAGCAGCACUCCUGUCCUGCUCAGUGCUAGAGUCAGGGAUUCUUCCCCGUCUUCUCCGACUCGGCCUUGCUCGAGCAUUGAGUCUCAGAGCCAACGUCCCUUGUUCUCUGCUGGCAGAAAUGUGGCGGUCUUAAUGAACAGCAUGGAACAUUCAACAGAGAGACGUGAUGAGGCUGUCACAAACGCUGCUAAACAACCCGUGGGUGGGGGUGAUAAACCACAAACACAGGGUGCUGGAUGUGGAGGCGGGUGUGGUAACGGAGCUCUACCUGCUGAAUCCGAGUCAAACCUUGGUGAUGCAAGUGGUGGAUCGCAGCGAGGAGGUGAUAAUUCAGAUUCCCCGUCCUCAACAUUUCCUCUUGCUGCUAAUCGCAUGGGUGCGACUGAUCGGCUUCGCUUCCAUGAGAAAUGCGGCAUGCUCGUGAUGUUGUCUAACAACGGACGCACUGCCGAGCGUGUCCAUCCUCUCGACGAGUUCAACAACGGCGUCGUCAUGAGCAACCGUGCGCUGCGAGAGAACGAAUUAUUCGAGAUACGCAUUGACCGGCUGGUGGACAAGUGGUCGGGCAGCAUCGAGGUUGGCAUCACGACCCACAACCCCGCAACUUUGGAGUUUCCCGCAACCAUGACCAACCUACGAUCAGGCACCACCAUGAUGAGUGGUACCGGUAUACUCAAGAACGGCAAGGGCAUGUUGCGCCAGUAUGGUGACUUCAACCUCGAUGAACUGCAGGAAGGUGACAGGAUCGGCAUGAUGAUCAGAAGUGGACGGACGCUGCACUACUUCAUCAACGGGCUGGAGCAAGGCGUCGCGUCCACCCAGGUGCCCUCACCCGUCUGGUGCGUCGUCGACCUCUACGGCAUGACAGUCAAGGUGACGCUGGUAGACCGUGACCCCCGCGAGGCACAGAACCUCCUGACGCGGCAGACCGCCCUGCCGCCCGAACUCCGGACCCUUCCUGCCGACUGUCCCGCGCACCCUCACGCAGGUGACGGCGAGCAGCGGCCCGGCAGCCCCGACGCGCUGCACUUCAACGCUCAAUGCGGAUCCUCUGCGCAGGUCAUCAAUGGCGGCAUCACUGCGCUCAGACCAAAUGCCCACGAGGACUUCAACCACGGCGUGGUACUUUCGUCGCGCCCUUUGAGACCGGGCGAAAUUUUAGAGGUUCGUUUGGACCAGUGCGUUGAUAAGUGGGCAGGAUCGCUUGAGAUCGGCGUCACCACCCACUCGCCCCACUCCCUCGAUUACCCGUCUACCAUGACCAACGUCAGAACGGGCACGUGGAUGAUGACGGGCAACGGCGUGAUGCACAACGGCACGACCGUCAUCGACGAGUACGGCCUCAACCUGGACCGCCUCAGGGUGGGUGACCGCGUGGGUGUGGUGCGCCACGCUAACGGCGCCGUGCACUUCUUCGUCAACGGCGUGGACCAGGGCGUGGCGGCAACGGGCGUACCGGAGACCGUGUACGGCGUGGUCGACCUGUACGGUCAGGCGGCGCAGGCGACCAUCGUGCAGCAGGGGACCGUUGCGCCCUGUCCGUCCAACGUCACCGCCGCUCAAGGUGCAAUACAUGCCGAUUCUGCGACGCCACAGGCGUCUGCCGCAGACUGUGCCUCAACGACGCCUGCAGUAGAGACGCAGUCCACCCUACCGGCACCGCAUCUGCAGCAGCAACCCGCCUCUGCCACCAUCUACAGCGACUUGCGCUUCCACGAGCUGCACGGCCGCAACGCGCGCAUCAUCAGGGAUGGCCUGGGGGCAGAGCGCCCCCACGCGGACGCAGAGUUCAACGACGCCAUCGUCAUCAGCAACCGGCAGCUGCUCGAGGGCGAGAUGUUCGAGGUGAUGAUCGAGAAGGUAGUGGACAGAUGGUCAGGGUCUCUAGAGGCCGGAGUGACCGCCAUCCACCCCGAGGACAUCGAGUUCCCCACCACCAUGACCGACAUCGACUACGAUACCUGGAUGCUGAGUGGCUCUUCCGUCAUGAUGAACGGUGCGUGCCUCUGGCACGAUGUGGUGCAUGCCUCUGUGGCACGAUGUGGUGCGUGCCUCUGUGGCACGAUGUGGUGCGUGCCUCUGUGGCACGAUGUGGUGCAUUAACAUUUCUCACCUCGAGUUGUUUUCUCGGCAGGCGUGUGGGCGGUUGUGGACUUGUAUGGACAGUGCGCUCAAGUGUCCAUCGUUCACAACCCCGUCAGCUGCGAGCAACUGUCAGCUGCUGCAGCUGCUCGUCUCGCUGACACCUGCAAGCGUCAGCAACAGCAGCAACCCCCGCAACCCAAACUUGAUUCUGCCUUGAAAGAGCAGGCGUGCCACCAGUUCAGCUAUUGUCACGGCAGCGGCGUCACUGUUUCGGACAGCCGUGAUUUGGUCUACCGCAACAGCCGCCAAGAAGGUUCAACUGCCAUGAACCAAACUUCUUGCCUUGCUUUCUCCAGCACUGCUUUGUCGUGCGACGAACUUUUUGAGGUUCGGAUAGCGCGACUUGAUCCAGAGCUUCGUGGAAGUGUUCGGAUCGGCCUCACCACGCUCCCUAUGCUACCAAAUCUUUCCAUCCACUCAGUGCCUCCAUCUUUAUCUUCAGUCCAUCCAGUACCUCCGUCGGACACUUGGUGGAUCGGGGGCAGUUACGCCUACCAUAAUUACUGCGGCUGGAAAUCUUCAGCUGGCACUCAGAGUGUUAAUGCUAACAACGCAAGUCCUGAUGACGGAGCUUCAAAUAGCGCCCAAUCCUACAGGAACGCCGCCAACGAAAGUGCCAACAGAAACGUUUCGUUCGUUGACCGGUGUGGCGGCGCUCCAAGUAGAAUGAACGCGGCUUGGACUGUAGCUGUUGUUAAACAUGACUUUUGCCCUCAUUUAUCGAAGCUUCUUGUUGGCGACCGCGUAGGAGUUAAGAGAACCUCAGAUGGAUGCAUGCAACUCUUUAUCAACGGAUUUGAUUUUGGAGUGGCCACGACCGGUAUCCUCGAUACUCACGUUGUUCACGGGGUCAUCGAAUUACACGGUAACUGUAUUGCCGUUGAGACGACCUCUUUUGUCAAAGAAGACGUGAGCAGUCACGGUAAUGCUUCAGGUCCUUCAGGGGUAGCUGCAGCUGGUGGCGUGUCCCAGGACUCGUUGGAACUUUCCGCCGGUUCGCCUUCAAGAGUAGUUCAGCCAAGAGCUGCUGACGGUGGUGCGAGACCAGCUCAUGACGACAUAACUGCAUGGGAUGCAAGUGCCAGUUCAGUGGGGGCCGCCGAUCUCCCUGGCGCUGCGGGCGGUGUGCGCUACAGCACCAGGACGUCUUUCACAUUCGGGGAGCGUCACGGCAAAAAUGUGUUGCUCUCCGCCGACCGCACGACGGCUGUCCGGCAGAGAGGAUACAAUCACGGCCUUACUUUCAGCGCGCGACCGCUGGCUCGCAGCACCAUGUUCAAGAUUUUACUAAGCGGCGUGGACUCGUCUUUCUCUGGCGGGAUCAUGCUCGGGCUUCUUGCCCAUGCGACGUCGUCAGAUGACGACAGCUCCCGUGGCCACACGGUCUUUCCAGAGGACCCGUCUGUCCACGGCACGUCACUCCCGCUCCUGGCAGGGUCGCGGUCCAGCGUAAUGCCGCCUGAGGACGCUGGACGGUGGGCGAGCUCGCCCCUGCUGGAUGACUUGCCGUCCUCGGCCCUGGGCCUACUCGCUGCCCCUGGAUACGAUUGUGUGCUCAUCAGCGACACCGAUGUCUAUCGGGGCCAUUCCAAGCUGAGCAGCGGGUACGGUCCAGGCCUGAGCUCUGUUACAUCGGGCACGCACCUCGGUCUCUGCAUCGACGCACAUGCACGCCUUCAUCUCUUCGUUAACGGCCGGGACUGCGGCGUGGCGGCGCAUAACGUCCCCCUGAACCCGCACGUUGUGAUCGACCUCUAUGGUGCAGCGACUGAGGUGCUGAUCAUCCAUGGCGACGACGCAAGUCACUGCGGCGUCGCGGAACAGGCGCUCAAGAAGAAGACCCAACACAACAGCAACCAGCAGCAGCAACAACUCAGUAGGCGGCAGCAACAGAUGAAUGACACCAGCAGAGCGGAAGGAGAAAUCUUCGUCGUGUCCAGUCACGACGAAAUGAAUCUUGCAAUUUCCCGGUCUAUGAACAGCAGUGCCGAACAUGUACUGAAUUCCGCCCCUAUCUGUUCCGAUAAGCCAGCAGUUACUGGUGAUGCUUGCAACAAGAGUGCGAGUCUCGGCAACAGCGUCAGUAAUAUUAACCUUCAUUCUUCAAUAGCCGCUGAAGUUGACAAUGGUGUUGUUGCCUCUAAUGCCCCUAUCAACACAAGCAACUACAGCCAUUGUAGUGCACCAUGUGACAAUAAUGAAUCAGCUGCACCCACCACUUUCCGUAUCGAGAAUCUCAAUAGACUGAAGGUUGGUUGUCUAGCGCUAGAAGGGAGCGCGAAGAAAUGUCCCUACCAGAGGCUGUGUUCUCGCUUCUUGGCGUCCAUGUCGUUGCCUGGAGCUUACUUCACUAGCGAUGUUUUGUGCUACUGUGACGUCUGUUAUCGCGCUCGAGGCGAAGAGGCCGUCUACACAAAAGGCAACGGUGUGGAGUAUCAUCGACCUCUUGGGUGGUGUCGCUACGGCCUGGCGUCGGGCAGCGGCGACGCCGUGAGCGACUCGUGGCACAUGGCGUACUGUGCCACCAAACCUGGACAAGUGCGACGCAUGCUCGACAUAGGCGAACUCCUAUUCCCUGGGGAGUUGGAACUGAGCUUUCCACGACGGGGAGGUCGCAGUAAGGAAGAUGAAGGCGAUGGUUCCAUGAUAUGCGUGUCUCCGAGCGUCGCGGUCGCUGCUGCUGCCGCGCUUCCUACUGUCAGUUUAUUGGAACGUGGUUCAGGCCGCUGCUUCAGCGGCCGCGUGAUGCUGCAGGUCGCUGUCAAGCCCGGCGCUUACAAGAAGCUCGAGUGUGAUAAUGAGACUUCGGUGGCUGCAGCAACCACAGGCGGCGCUCCGGCACCUCCGACCGCUGCUGCCCCAUCGCGGCCCAACAGGAGCGAGAGCAAACCACACACACGCGUCCAGUGGGUCACCAAGGAGCGCGGCGCCACGCAGCUACUGGCGCUCCUCGUCGCCGUCGAACAGGUUGACAAGUCCACGUCCUAGUGAUCUUCUCCAUUAUUCGUGGCUGUGCUUUGCAUGUAGCAUUUAAAUCUUGCGUUGUCACCUGACUUAAAGUUAGGGACUCGAAUCGAAUGCAAUUUUUAUAACAAUUAAAAUCCAUUAUGCUUAUGACGAGAACGCUAGUCAAAAAAGCAAAUUAUUUUUUUUUUCAUGAUUCUAGAGCAGUUAAGGCGAGCGAAAAAUGGGUCAGCUUCGCAAUCUUUGUACUGAUCCUGUAGAUGAAGCUAACCUUGUCGUUCAUGAAGAUGGAAACGAAUCUAAACAGCAGGAACUAUUGGAAUUCUAGUUGCAUAUGUUAAAAACUAGUUUCGAUGAAAAGGCUCUCAGCUGACGGUAAUAUCAAGCUACUCUUCAGAAUCUCGCGUGUGUAAAAAAAUCGAGUAAAGCCUGGCUGCAAAUGAGAGUCUAACUCGAACGACUGCAACAUUGUUAUCAGUUAGCCUCUAAUUUAUUGCGUAUAACCUGGCGACAAUUCGGAAAAGGUAAUGUAUCCGAUAAGCUUUUCUCUUGACACCGAUUAGCAUAAAAAUUAUAUUCAUAUCGAUUCUCACUUUGAAUGCCGUGAUUGGCAGUUAAGGCCGUGAAUGAUAACGACGUCAAUGGGUUGCUCUACAUAUUUCUUUGGUUAUUUCAGAUAAUUUUUAUACCACACGUAAUUUCCUCUUACUUAUGCUGAAGGUGUAGUUUAUUCAAGUCCCAGCCUUGUUUACAUUGACUCGCUCAAUUAUACGUGCAUUUUAUCUGCAUAAUAGUAUACCAUAGUGUUGUUGUCAUUAGGAGAUCUUCAGCGAGCUCUUCAAGUCAAACGCGAGUCAUAAUUGUUCUUUCUUUUUUAUAAUGAGCUGUCAUCCAAGUAUAUGUGAUGCAACUGACCAAUUUAAGUAUUCCUUUUAACUAUUUUGUUGAUAAUUUACGCCUUUGCCCCUUUCCAUUCAAUGUCACGAGCAUUCCUAAAUGCGAAUGUCGUGUUAAGCGACUGCCACCUCACUAUGAUCUGUUGUAUUUCUCCUUCAGUAGACUAGAUGUUAGUUAGCUUGUUUUAAGUGAACCUGUAGCAUGGAUAGACAUUAUUAAAACCCAUAUUAACGUUAUUUCGUAACGUUAUCGUGAUUUUAGAAAUCGAUUCGCUAGUGUGAAUUUUGAGAGCGAUUUGUCUGUCAACUGGUCAUUCAAUCUGGUGCUUAUUCAUCUUAUUAUAUUAUUAACCACAUACGUGGCUGACAC